CUACAUGUCUACUACUGAAGCUAGGGAUAAAUUCCUGCUUAAUCCAGUGGAGUUCCUACCCAAAGACAAGCCCUUGGAGGCACCUCCUGUAAGACUGUUCAUAAUGGGCCCCAAGGGCUCCGGUAAAAGUCUACAUGGGCGCCAUCUAGCAAGAAAGCUUGGACUCUUCCAUAUCAAGUUCCGGGACCGUCUCCAGGAGCUGAUUAUUGCUAAAACGAAGAAGAAGAUUGGUCCAGAAUAUGAAGAGGACAAUGAGGAAGAAGAAGAGGAAGAGGAGCCAGAGUCCGCCAUCACCAACCCUGAUGGUACUCCCAUGAAAGAGGAGGAGAAAGAAGGAGUUAAGACAGAUGAAGAGAAGGCUGAAGCAACUGAACCAGAGAAAACUGAAGCAGAAGAAGAAAAGAAAGAGGAGGAAGAAGAGGAAGUUGAACUUACAGAGGAUGAAGAAGCCAUCAAGUCUAACCUUGCUGAUGAAGAACCACUAGGAGAGGAGGUCCUCAAUAACAUUGUCCCUCAGUGGUGGAAUAAGGAACCUUUCAAGUCAACUGGUUUUGUACUCGAAGGAUUCCCACGAACACAAGAUGAAGUACGUUAUUUAGGGGAACUUGGACUUUUCCCCGAUGCUGCUAU